AGGCUGAAGGCUGCACUUUCGCACCACCCCGGUUCCAUUCCAAACGGCAACAUGAACUCCAUGGGUCACAUGAUGGACAUGAUGUCUUCACGGCAGGAGCAAGGCGGCCACCAUCACAUGCACCCGCACCAGCACCUGCAGGCCCCUCCUCACACAUACCAGCACCARGAACACCACCACCACAACCAGGGCCACGGCCAGGCAGCGCACCACCACCACCCGCAGGGACACAGUCUCCACCACAACUCCCACAAUCCCCACCUCCUGCCGGGACACCCGCACCAGACCUCACCGCACGCUGCUAUGCACUCUGCUUCACAGAUGUCGCCCGCAACCCAGCAGAUGCAGCCCACACAGACGCUGCAGUCACCGCCGCCCAGCGGGGGGCGGCGCAGGCGCGUAGUAGACGAGGAUCCGGACGAGCGGCGGCGGAAGUUCCUGGAGCGGAACAGAGCGGCGGCGACGAGAUGCAGGCAGAAGAGGAAAGUCUGGGUGAUGUCCUUAGAGAAGAAAGCAGAGGAGCUCACUCAGACCAACAUGCAGCUUCAGAACGAAGUGACCAUGCUAAAGAACGAGGUGACCCAGCUCAAGCAGCUCCUGCUCACUCACAAGGACUGCCCCAUCACCACUAUGCAGAAAGAGUCCCAAGGUUACCUCAGUCCAGAGAGCAGUCCGGCGGGGAGCCCCACCCCAGCGUGUUCCCAGCAGCAGGUCAUCCAGCACAACACCAUCACCACCUCCACCACCGCCGUAGGGGGCAGCAGCGUGCACGGGCCGGCCAACCACCGCACAGACAUUAACCCCAUCCAUUAGGGACCUGGGAUCAUUUGAUCUAACCCCCCUCCUCCACCCUGCUUUCUGAGGGUUACCAGCUGCACACGCUGCCCCCAUUUCCAUCAAGAGAGAGAAAAAAGAAAACCUCAUGAGCCUGCGAGGCUGCUCUUUCUACAGUAGCUACAGUAUAUUUUUCUAGACCAACCCCAUUAACAAACGAUGGCUCCACGGUUCGUUCACUUGUGUUUUUUUUCCUCUCUUUUUUUGUUCUGUUUGUUUUUGUUGAAAUGUUUUGCGGAAAGAAAAGAUUGCUAAUCUCUCCACACCAUUUGUUGGACUUCCUCUGGUGUGCCAGCUCACAAAACUGACUGCGGCGGGUCGUGAAACCAGAGGAGGYAGAAAAAGAAUGACUGUGAUCUCUAGAAACGUUUCAAUUUAAAUUUAAAAAAGACAAACCAUCUGUGCGCCGGUAUAGAUCUUUGUUUCUCCUGGAAACARAUAAGACUGUUCUCACUGUCAUGACCAUCCCUAAAAGGCUUUAUUACAGGUUGCAUGACAGUGAUUAGAUUAUAUCUUGUUGGAUCAAAUGGUAGCAAUAUGUCAUCCAUCAUGUUUUCUACUGUAGGCUCACACUUUGAUCAGAAUGGCCAAGGACCUAAACCAUGUUGUUUCAGAACUGAACACUGUGAUACUGGUGAGGCAGCUCAGGGGCUGAGAGCAGCUCCUCCGCCCUGCAGGACCAAACUGAAGCUUUAAUCAUWAAGGCCUUAUUUUAUUUUCUAUGGGUGUUGUACGUUGAGCUCUGCGUUUUGGAUCCAAACAAAAAAAUCCAAACGAAUUUUACGUGUGAAUCUUGUAUAUUUAUGUUUUUUGUUUGUCUGUUUGUUCUUUCUUUUUUUCUGCAGAACAAAGUUCGGUAGCAGUGCUAAGGCAGAAAAGAGAAGUUUAUUCCUUUAAGGAACUGUUUCAAGUGAUCCUUCCUUGUUUUUCCAAGUCGUCACAGCGUGCCUGAAUCUGUUUCCAAAUUUUUUGCUGGCUUACGAAUACGUAACCACAAUAAUUAUCUUUAAUUUUUUUUAUUUUUUUGCCCAAAACAAUGUCUGUUUUUAGUUUUCUCUGUCACAAACAAGGCCAAAUCUCCUCGAACAUAUUGCCGACACUUUGUCUCCCUGCCAGCUUUAAUACGUUCUCAUGUUGACCGUAGAUUGUCUCUUUCUUUCCUCUGCGACCAGAAAUGUCAGUUCUGUUGCAUGAAGACCGUGAUGCACUGUGGGAUUUUUUUUUUUUUUUUUGUAGCAGGAUGGGUGAAUUACGUUUCACUGACAGGUGGAGCGAUCACAGAGCUGCCUAUGCACUUUGCCCUCUGUCACAGAAGAGGGUGGGAGAGCCAUGUUAAGGUCAGAGUUGAUCCCUCGUCUUCACCAACACCAGCGAGAAAACCCAACUGUGUUUUUGCCUUUUUGGAAGAGGCCAUGCCUGGCUCCUAUCUCAGUGAUUUAAUUCGGAAAGGUUUUUUUCUUGAAAUGUCUUUUCGUCAUGUUUUUUCACACAUUUACAMAUUUUGUGUCGUUUCUUAAUAUCGGAGCAGACGACAAUUUGUACAAGACAGAGAAAUCCACUUAAAAAGGGCUUUGUUGUUCCACCCCGCUUGCCUUGUUUUUUUUUUUUAAUGAAAUCAUUCCAGAUCAACCUUUUGCAUGUGAAAUUUAUUAAUGACCUCAAACUAUUUUAAACUGGAAGAAUUAGGAGGACCUCAAACUUACAUUUAAGCUCUUUUUUUCCCCCUCGUUUUUAUUUAGUUUUAUAAAGAAACAAAAAUAUUCGUUCCUCUGUAAGGUCAGAUGGAAGUACAGCGUGUGUGUGAAUGUGAGGCAGAGAACAAAUCUCYCAUAUUAAUAAGUCUGUAUGUGUGUUAUUUUAAGCUUAAAAAGUAUAAAUAUUGUACAUAAUAUUAAUUUCUAUAAUCCUGUACAUGUAUUGCAACCACCCUUCUUUUUGAAGGGAGUUUAAAUGUGUGGUACGUGUGUAAAUAAUGUUUCCACUGCACUUGUUGCCUUUUUUCCGUUUUCUUUGUCAAGAUGUUGAAGCUCAUUUCAGCGCUUUUAAAACCUUGUUGGUGUGUAACGAACUGAUGAAUCCACURUUGCCUGCAUAACUUUGUACAUUUGUUUUGUCCGUGUGUUUGUAAUUAUGUUUUAUUUUUGCAUUUGUACAGACAUUUAAUAUCAUUGCAGUUACAUUARGAUAUGAAAAUAAAGCACUUGUUCGGCAACGUAA